UAAACUAACAAAAGAAUAAGCUGAAGGAUAAAAUAGACAUUCCAGGAGGGCAAAAACCCUAGACUGGUUGCGCAAGGAUUUAGCGUUUCGACUUGUGCUUCCAGCCGCGGCAAUCUCCCAAAUUGCGUACCACUUCCGUCGAACGUCAUGGCAUCAGAGAAGAAAUUGAGCAACCCAAUGAGGGAAAUCAAGGUCCAGAAGCUCGUCCUGAACAUCUCCGUUGGAGAGAGCGGUGAUCGUCUCACCAGAGCUGCGAAGGUGCUGGAGCAACUCAGUGGUCAGACCCCAGUUUUCUCAAAGGCCAGGUAUACUGUGAGGUCCUUUGGUAUAAGACGUAAUGAAAAGAUUGCGUGCUAUGUCACAGUCAGGGGUGACAAGGCAAUGCAACUCCUCGAGAGUGGGUUGAAGGUGAAGGAAUAUGAGCUGCUUCGCAAGAACUUCAGCAAUACAGGGUGCUUUGGAUUUGGUAUUCAGGAGCACAUUGAUCUUGGAAUCAAGUAUGACCCUUCAACUGGUAUUUAUGGUAUGGAUUUCUUUGUUGUCUUGGAACGGCCCGGCUUCCGUGUAGCACGUCGACGUAGGUGCAAGGCCCGUGUGGGAAUCCAACAUCGUGUCACUAAAGAUGAUGCAAUGAAGUGGUUCCAGGUCAAAUAUGAAGGUGUUAUACUCAACAAGUCCUCCAACGUUCAAUCUUAGUUGUUUGAUUUGGCCUUUUGAUUUAAAUAUUUGUUUGAACUUGUAAUACCUGACUUAUAUAGUUUUGAUCAAGGAUAUGCUGCUUCUCUUGUUGUUUAUUUUCACCUCAGAUGGUUUUA